CCCCAGAUUGACACAACCUCUGCUUAUGACAGGGAAUGGAUGACGUUCAAGUGCGGGGGGCGGCAACCGAUAUCUUCUCUUAUCUGGUGGAGUACAACCCCUCCAUGGUACGAGAAUUUGUCAUGCAGGAGUCUCAGCAGAACGAUGACGACAUCCUACUGAUCAACCUCAUCAUCGAGCACAUGAUCUGCGACACGGACCCCGAGUUGGGAGGGGCCGUGCAGCUGAUGGGGCUGCUCCGAACUCUGGUCGAUCCAGAAAACAUGCUGGCCACCGCAAACGUGAGUUUGUGCAGCCGUGCUCCCAAACAUAAUAAUAUUUAAAAUGUGUCGCAGAGU